AUGUCCAUUUCCUUACGAAAAGGGUUUGAGGACGAGUCGCUAGAACGCGUCCUGGAGGACCUGCUGGUACGUUUUGUCAUCAACUGUCCGUCCGAGGACCUGUCGUCCAUCGAGAGAGUGUUUUUCCAGAUCGAAGAAGCCCACUGGUUCUACCAGGACUUUGCCAGGGUUCUCAACAAUUUGUUGCCGGCAAUGAAGAUGAAACAGUUCACCACGCGGAUUAUCGAACAGUGUCCGCUGAUUUGGCGGUGGGGCGAUCCAGAAAAUGCAUUGCAACAAUUCGGCAAGUACAAGUCCUUGAUCCCCGUUCGUGGGUGUGCUUUGCUCAACGAGUCUCUGGACAAAGUUUUGCUGGUCAAGGGGUACGAGUCCGGGUCGUGGGGGUUCCCACGAGGAAAGAUCUCGAAGGACGAGACCGACCUGGACUGCGCGUUGCGGGAGCUGGACGAGGAGACUGGCUUUGACGGAAAAGAGUACAUUGACGAGGACGAGUACAUUGAGCGCACUAUUAAGGGCAAGAAUUACAAAAUCUACGUUUUGGCGGGCGUUCCAGAGUCGACACAAUUCGAGCCCAAGGUGCGUAACGAGAUCAAGGCCAUUGAAUGGCGCAAGGUCAAGUCGUUGUCGAAACAGGGCAGAAACACGCUGUUUUUGGUGAGCUCCAUGAUGCAGCAGCUCCAGAGCUUUAUUAAUAGAAAGAAGAAUCUGCAAACAGAGGAGGAGCUCAAGAAGCAGGCCACCGCGCAGCUCAAGAAGAUUCUGGGCGUGGGCCAGCCGUUGCAGAAGUCCGAUCCGGGCAGAGAGCUGCUCAACAUGUUGCAACAGGUGGCCACCACCAAACAACCAGAGACCAUCACAGACGUCAAGGCGCUUCCUCCUGGUCUUGUGCGGCCCGGCCCCGUGGGUCCAGCAGGUCCUGGUGGACCUCUGCCGUUCCCAUUGCCUGUUAAUCCGUUCAUGAUGCCAUUCCCGAUGCCAUUCCCUAUGCCGUUCAUGAUGCCUCCGCCCGUGCUGCCAGGACUUCCGUUCCCUCCUCCACCAGUCUCGACGCAGCGCACAGACCAGAAGAGCGAGAUCUUUGCUCCGCCGCCGUCCGAGCUCGACAAGCCGCACCUGGCGCUCGCCAACAAACGGUCCGGAGCCAGCGACAGCAAGGAGUUGUUAAGUAUUUUGAAACGGCCAGAGAAGAAGGACGAACCAAAGGACACGAAGGACGAGCCAAAGGAGAAGUCUGGAUUCCUGCAGAGUCUGUUCCAGAAGUACAAGACCGAUGACCCUGCUCCAAAGAAGGUGACCAUCCUGCAACGGCCAAAGGAGGAACCAAAGGAUCCAAAGGAACCAAAGGAGACACCAAAAGAAGGCUCGGCCAGUCUGCUGAGCAUUCUCAAGAGACCGUCGCCUGCUCCCGCCACAAACGGCGCCGAGCUGCUGGAUAUCCUCAAGAAACCAGAGCCAGAGAAGAAAGAGUCGGGCGACGGGUCGAAGGAGCUGCUGGGACUGCUCAAAAAGCCAGAACCAGAGAACGGCGCCCAGCAGCUGCUGGGACUGCUCAAGCCAAAGAGUCCUUCGCCGGCGAACGGGUCGCAGGAAUUGCUGGGCCUGCUGAAACCGCAGCCACAGACCAACGGCUCGCAGGAGCUUCUUGGGCUGCUCAAGCCAACGUCUCCUCCGGCCCCGGCAAAAGAGGACGCGAGCCGCUCAUUGCUGAACACACUGCUCGGCGCGCCUAAACAGACCCCGUCGCCGUCGCAGGACCUGCUAAGUCUGCUCAAGCCUGCUGCCCCCGCUGCUGCUCCAGUCUCUACACCGUCCGAGUCGACCAACUCCCAGGACCUGCUGAGUCUACUGAAGCCGAAGUCGUCGUCUGCGGAGACCGACGAGUUCGAGGACUUCGAGGACCUCAACGAAGGCUACGACAACGUGCAGUCGUCGAACCGGUUCAAAACGUACAUCAGCUCUGACGACGAGGAGUAUCUGUGA